AAUAGAAAAUGUGUACAACCAAAACGGCGAAAAGUAUACAAACACAAUGAAAAGAUGCAUUUAUUCUGCUCAACUUAAGCUCUUUUAUUCUUACAUACAUAUCUCUUGACUCUUUCACUAUAACUUCUUUUUGUUCUUUUCAUCUUUUCUCUGUUUGUUUUCUAGCCAAUUAUACUAACAACAACUUCCAGCCCCACUAAACGUAACAACAGCACCAGCGCCAACCUCCACUAAAUACACAAUAGCAAAAUUUACCAAUUUCAAUUCCCAUAACAACAACUUUAUAAAAACCAAAACAAACAGGAAGAGGACAAACACAAAAGCAAAAAGCAGCCGCAAACAUGAAUCGCAUCAGUACUGCCGUGUAUCGCCAUUGGAAUGCGUCAUUAGUGAACAUUUCCCAGGCGAAUACUAGCCGGAGUUGUCGACUUGCAGCAGUGUCCUUAAUCAACGGCAAACGUGAAAUGUCAACGACAUCGUCGCAAAACGCCGCUACAGCGGAAAAAUGUCUGUCGCUGGACAACAUCAAUCCUCAAUUCAUUGAAUUGGAGUAUGCUGUGCGCGGACCGCUGGUCAUACGUGCUGGCCAAAUUGAAAAGGAGUUGGCGCAGGUAAGUGGUGUCCUGAGUGUCAAAUGA